AUGCGCGCCGUGUAUAUUCUAGCGAUGGCGUGUGCCGCCACUUUACAAGCCAGCAGCAGUGCUCUCCCUUCGACUAAGGACUUGAAUUCUCAAGUUGAAAGCUUAGUUCCAUCGGAUAUUACCGACUCGGCUCAUGUGGGUGGUGUUCGGCUACUGCGCGUCGAAGACAAAGAAGAGGAGACCGAGGAAGAGAGAGGUUUUGGGGGCGCGCUGGCAGACGGUUUGAAAAAGCUCAACCCCGCUAAGGCUGCUAAGAAGGCUAAGGAAAAAAGCUGCGAAAAUUAA